AGUUGUGAGAAAACCCCGAUUGGGGACAUGUCUGUAAACGAUCGUGAGAAGAAAACAAUCAGGAAGUCCUAGUCUUACAAAACGUUUACAACUUUCAUCUACCCAGAUAUGUUUCGAUUCGUGGUAAUGGAGCAGGCAGUUAGUUGACUGCUAGGUGGGACAUCUUGUUGUUCACUUUGAUUUUGAAAGGCUAGAAUAGGAUAGUAUGUCAACCGACUUCAGUGACAGCAUGGAUGUCACUACCUGGACAAGGUGUUGCAACGUGACGACGAUCAUGUCACUCUUUUUCGUCCACGACCACACCAUCAUCGACAUCAACACAGCUAAUGAGUUUCAGGUUAAGGAAGACACUGACCACGUGAUAGUGAAAGGAGUUGACAGCAUCAUCAGCAAUGAGGUAGUGUUUUGGAUAGGAGCCAUUGCCAAUGCUGGGCUGCAACCGCUGCUGUUUAUAUUGGGUGCCCCAGGCAACAUUCUGUGUGCCGCCGUGUUCUAUAAACUGGGUUUGAGAGAGAGAAUCAACUUGUGUGUCUUUGCUUUAGCUCUCGUGGACCUGGCCACUAUCACCUUUACCGUUUUUAUCGCUGUAGAGGCGGCUUUAAGAGACUUGCUCGAAGUGGAGUUAAACUUUUUUAUUCAGUACUUCAUAGGUCCACUUGGCUUCCAGUAUGCGUCCAUGUUUGUGUCGACAACGAUCGCGUGCGAGCGGUGUUUCUGUGUGGUCAGUCCCUUCAAAGCACAGAGGUACAUCAAGACCUCCACCACUGCCGUCAUCAUCACAGUCGUCACUGUCGUCAUUGUCGGAGCAAUGUGCGCAUUCGACGGUCCAACGCAGAAGGCGGUCACCGUCUACGACCCGGUUUCUAACACUACCAAAAGUGUUGUCUACUAUACAGACUAUUACAUAAAUAACAGGGAAAUUAUCGAUAUUUUCGACAUCUUCGUCUACUCCAUGUUUAUUCCACUCGUUGCCAUCGUUGUCACUGUCAUCACCACCGCCAUCACCGCCGUCAAACUCUGUCACGCUGUCACCUGGCGAGACCAGACCACCACCACCGUCAACAUCGACACGACGAAAACAAGAACUUCCAGUAAAGAGGUGGCUCUGACCAAGAUGCUUAUUGCCACUUCCAUUCUCUUUAUCGUCUGCGUAACACCGAUUAUCGUUGUUCAGAUGACCAUGUACUUCGUGAAGGAACUGAACUUUAACGGACGCUAUGUUAAUUUGAACGAUCUGUUGUGGGUUAUUAUAAGCGUGCUGAGAAUGUUGAACUUUUCUCUCAACUUUUAUAUCUAUUACAACAUAGGCUCAAAAUUCAGAGAAACUCUUAGGGAAAUGCUUCGGUUUCGAUCCUUUAAUAAAUAUAAAAAUAACCUUUCCCAGCAGUCGUUUCUGGUGACAAAGACAUUGUGAUAGGAAUACUAGCAAUACCGCAGUAGUUCUCCAGACAACAAGGAGUUAGCCGUCCUUACUGCGCAAUCGUCCUUAGUUAUUUAAGAGUUGGUGUAAAUACGUUUUGAGUUUUAAGUAUGUUAUAUUUGCAUUAAAGUUAAAAUAUAUUCUGAUGUUUCUAUGCGGAUUGACAGCUAGACAUCUAUCGUCCAUAUGGUUUCAGAGUCGGAAAAAAUGUUGGUUAUAUUCG